AUGAUCGUCAGUCGGGCGCCUCCUCACUCCUGCCUACCCCUUCAGCUGGCGUUGACCCUGGCGUGCGUGGGGCUGGCCGUGACCCUGCCGGCGAAGUUGGACCAGGUUGCAGCCAGGGCGCAGGGCUACAACCUCCAGCCUCCUCAGCAGAGCGGCUACAACUACGAACCUCCACAGCAGCCAGCGAACCUGUAUGAGGUUCCGGCUGAGCCUUCAGGCCUGUACGAGACGCCCUCCACGGCAGCGCCAGCCCCGCCUCCUCCCCCUCCUCCUCCUCCUCCCCCUCCCCCCAGCGGCCUGUACGAGACGCCCCAGGCAUCGGAUCCCCGGCCUGUGAAGACGCCCGCCCCGACGACCGCCGCGCCAGCCAUGAUGGCGGGGAUGCCCUACGACUUCGGCUGGGGCGUCGACGACCCCGACUCCGGUAACCAGUUCUCGCAGAAGGAGGAAUCCGCGGCAAUGUUGUGA